AUGGAGGCCCCUUCAAUCGCUGGCAGCGCAGCAACCACCGCUGGUGCUGCUGGUACAGCAGGAUCAGCAGGAGCAGCAGGAGGAGGAGGAGCAGGAACUGUUGCCCCUCCCCCUAUGAGCAUCGUCGAUGCGGCGAGUGCUGCUCUCUCCGGUCGCAGCGCUGCUGCUGCCAAGGCGACAGACGAGAAGAAAGCCCACGCGCGCGCAGCCGCGCACGCAGCAGGGCAGAGAGUGCCGAUCAAAGAGAACACGAAGCUGGUCAGGAGUGCGUAUACCUCGGGAGCGACUACAAGGUCGUUUACGUCGACUGUGUAUGAGCCGGUGACGAGGACGGAGUAUGAGAUGGUGAGGGUGGAGAAGAGGCCGAAGAAGAAGGGGUACUGCAGGGUGCACACGAGUGCGGGGGACUUGAAUGUGGAGCUGCACUGCGAUAUUGUUCCGAGGACGUGCGAAAACUUUUUGACGCUCGCGGAGAGGGGGUACUACAACGGCACAAUCUUUCAUCGGUGCAUUCGAAAUUUCAUGAUUCAGGGAGGAGACCCCACGGGAACAGGAAAAGGAGGCCAGUCGGCGUGGGGCAAGGCGUUUCAGGACGAGUUUGACUCGCGGCUGGGCCACAGUGAGAGGGGCGUGCUCUCCAUGGCCAACAGCGGCCCUCACUCCAACGGCUCGCAUUUCUUUGUGCUCUUUAAGUCGGCCCCUCAUCUGAAUUACAAGCAUUCGGUGUUUGGCCGCGUGGUGGGAGGCAUGGACACAUUGGCGGCAAUGGAGAGGAGUGCCGUGGACGAUAAAGACAGGCCUCUGAAACCCAUCACGAUCGAGAGCAUCACAGUGUUUGUGAACCCGUAUACGGAGGUGGAUGCAGAGGCAGAGGCGGAGGAGGCAGCAGCAAGGGAGAAGGAGGAGAAGGAGAGGAAGGGCAAGGAGCUGACGUGGGAGGAGCAACAGGAACUGAUUACAAAGGAGGGAGUGUAA